GAAAGUCUUUCCUGGCCAUUUGGUUUUCAUUCUACCAGGGAAAAAAACAAGGUGCGACAGAAAACAAACCCAUCUAUACCAGAGUGUCUGAGCAAGGCUCAGGACACAUCUGGGAAACCGGCCAAUAGCAGCCACCUCAAGCUGUUAGCGGGUGGUGUGGCUACUCCCGGCCUCUGAUUCUCAGAGUUGGUUUACGUAACCCUGACCUCUCUGUCACACUACUCGCGCUCUCCCUCCAGCCGUCUGGUCUGGCUGAUAGUUGUGGUGGGACCCAAGUUAAAGAAACCGGGUGGCCAUGUGCACUGAUUGGAUUGGAUUUAUCAGAAUCAUCCGUCAUGCGAGAAUGGUCUCCCUCUCUUUUUUCGCUGUCUGUAUUUUUCCUCGGUCACCCUUGCUUUGUGUAUUCACCAAAAAAAAAUGAAUGAAAUGAAAUGCACCUAUUUCCCCCGAAUAACACCCCCUCAUCUCAGCCAUUUUCACACUUACAGUAUAACUCUUGAGUUUGCUGAUUAAGAAAAUGCCUUAAGUACAGCUCCGUAGUGGGUGUCUAUUUAUUUGCUGUUGGUUUUAGUUUGAUUUAAUUUAUUUAAACAGAGUGAGAGAGUAGAUCUUUUUUUCUUUUAUUUUUUGUUUUUCUUUUAACAUAAAACCACAUUUUUUUUAUUAUUCUGCAGAUAUAUUGAUCAUGAUUGUAAAGAUGUGAACAGUUUCCAUACCAGUAUUUAACAGAUGUUAUUGUUCUGUGUAGUGCAUCAUAUCAAUAAAAAAAAUCUGGAAUAUGUGACUUCACCUAUACAAUUUUGUCAGAUGUUUUAUUCUCAGUAUACUAAAAUCUUUCUCCUUCUCUUCCUCUGUAUGUCUCUUUCACUCUCAUGCACACACGCUCUGACUACACUACAACAUAUACUGUGAAGUCAGCACUUCUGAUUGUUACCAUGGAGCCUGUGCUGCCUAUAAAUUGAAUGUAUCAUGUCAUGGCUUCCUGGGUCCCAGUUCCUGCUCUGUACAGUUAUUCUGUAUAGACCUACUGACCCCGGAUCAGUUCUUCUUUCUUUCUCUUAACCUCUCUCAGCCAGACUUCCCAGAACAGUAUGAGUACCUCUACUGCCACAGUUUCUCAGGGAAGGCUACCCGUCGGUCACAGUUUUAAGCUCUACUCCAGUGAUCAGCCAAUAGGGUUAUGGGGCAUCAUGAUUACCUGUGCUAUGGGCGUUCUGAUAGGAGGAGAGGCCUGAUGAGCUGGGACUAAUCCUCUGAGGGACAGAUGGUGGCCAAGGGCUUAUGGCACCUGUAGGCUCUGCUCAGCGGUAGCCUCAGCACCCUGAGUAGCCUUGCUUUGUAAGGAACAGUAAGGAACAUAAGAAAUAUCCUCAAAAUUAACUUCUCUAAGGGGGAAAAGAAGUGAACUUUGAAGACUGUCAGGCCUUCAGGUUACUGGACAUCCAGUGUGUUUCAGUGUGUGUGUGUGUGAACCAUGUGGCUGAGCAGUGUUGGCGUGACUGCGCUGUUUCUCCUGCUGACUGCGCAGCACCUGCAUGCGUCUGCGCUGUCUACCGUCUCCUCCUAUGAGUUCACCGGAUUCAGGAUGCAGCAAUAUCUGCUGCAGCAGGACAGACAUGGUUGCCGUGGAGCCAUCGUGGUGGCGGAGGCGCGCUCAUCCGACUACCCUGGCCUGACGCGCCGCUGCGUGAUCAUGAAGCUACCGGAUUUCACACUGGACCGCUACGAGGAUGCUCAGAGGCAGAACGCUGCUGCCGUGCUCAUCCUGCUGCCCAGUAACCUCUCCGCAGUGCCACCGGAGGUGAUACAGAGCUUCAUGGAGACUGAGACGGAGGUGCUGCAGAGGGACUCCCUGAUGCCUCUGUACGUGGCGCCCGAGGAUGAGCAGCUGCUCUACAUGUACGAGGAGGUGAAGCUGGACGCAGCCACCCGGGCCUCCUCCAUCAUGGUCCGAGUACUGCGGAGCAUGGUGACUGCCACCGCAUUUCAGAUUUUAGUGAGCAACACCAACCCGCUCAAGCCGGUCACUGAUAGCAGCAUCAUCACACUGGAGGGAGUUUUGCCUGGAAUUGGAGAGGACCCUCAGACUAUUGUUAUCACUGCCCAUUACGACUCCUUUGGGCUAGCUCCGUGGCUGUCAUAUGGUGCCGACUCUAACGGCAGCGGCGUGGCCAUUCUGCUGGAGCUGGCCCGUCUGUUCCAGAAACUGUACCGUGACCCCCGCAGCAAAGCACCGUACCAUCUCCUGUUUUCAUUGACUGGAGGGGGGAAAUAUAACUUCCUGGGCACCAAACGCUGGCUGGAAGAAAACAUGGAUCAUGCAGAGUCCAGCCUCCUUCAUGACAAUGUGGCAUUUGUACUGUGCUUGGACUCUCUGGCCAAUGGGGACGAGCUUUACCUGCACGUGUCCCGCCCACCCAGGCCUGGCACCCCUCAACACGAGUUCAUCUAUCAGCUGGAGCAGGUGAUCGCGUCCAGGUUCCCCUGGGUAAAGUUCGACAUGAUCCAUAAGAAGAUCAACUUGGGGGACCCCAUGAUGGCUUGGGAGCAUGAGCGCUACGCCAUGCGCCGCGUCCCAGGGUUCACCCUGUCCCACCUAGAGGACCCCAAAUCAGAGCGCAGGGGCUCCAUCCUGGACACAAUGUCUCAAGUGGACAUGAGGAGACUCAAGCGGAACGCUGUCAUCAUUGCCGAGUCACUGGCCAGGUUCAUGUACAAUCUGUCUGACAAGGGUUCACCAAAGGAGAUCCAGCUCUUCAGGGGCCAAUUGGAAGUGCAGGACAGCCGUUUAUCGGCACUGAUGUCCUUCCUGACCUCUGCCCCUCGAGCCAGCCAGCUGAUGGACAAGGAGCCGGCCCAGAGCCUCAUGAUCUCCACCCUGGAGCAGGAGCUCAAGCAACACCUGCUUCAGGUCUACAGACACACCUUCAAACAGGACCGCAGGGACCCUGAUAUAACCUUCUAUGAUCAAAUGAAUCAACCUAUGACAAUGUACAGGGUGAAGCCUGCUGCGUUUGAUCUGUUCCUGGGAGGCUGUAUUGCAGCCUAUUUGGGCAUAAUCUACUUUGCCAUUCAGAAUUUCGGGCACAUCUACAGCAAACUGAAGAUGGCAGUGAAAUCGAAAUACCAGUGAGGUUUGCCUCUCCAAAGACGGACAUUUCACUUGCUGUUGAUCCUUUGACUCCUCCGAUUCCCUGAAGUCCCAACUGUGUCCACUCACCUCAGCCAUUCUGUCUCCGUUAGUGAGCCUUGGUUUGCCCAACACACCCACGCAACUUUCUGUUAUUAAACUUCUUUGGAGUUUCUCUGCAAUAAUAAUCUGAGAUCAAAAUGAUAAAAAGCCUGGACACAAGAACAAAGUGGAUAGUUUUACCAGAUAGGUGUGUGUUUUCAGUGAACAGCAACCUUUUUCUAAUUGUCUUAACAAAACACUGUCUUACUUUACCAAAAAGAUGUAGCCUAUUUCUAAAGUGUAGAUAAAAAGCUGUGUGUUUCGCAAGAUAGAGAUCCACAACUCUAGUGUGAUAUAGCAUGUGAAUAUCUAUUAUGUCUAUAACAUACGGGUAUUAUCCAUGUUUUCAUAUUCUUCUAACUUUUCUAUGUAUUUUGUAAUUUUUUCCAUUAAAAGUUUAUUUAUCAUUGUA